AUGUCAAGUACUACAUUCACCACUGACAACAACAACAUCAACAACUCCAACAACAACAAGGAGAAUGUCACAAUCACAAACAGAAAGGGAAACAUCUCAACCCUUUCAAAUACUCAACAAUUGACUGCAAUUGACACGUUUGGUAAUGUUUUCGAAGUGCCAAAUUAUUCAAUCAAAGAUAUCCUAAAAGCUAUCCCUUCUCAUUGUUAUGAAAGAAGAGUUUUACAAUCUUUCUCUUAUGUCUUUAGAGAUUUAGCAUUUUUAGGAAUUUUUUAUUAUUUGGCAAAUACUUUUAUUCCAACUUUACCUUCAAUUUAUCUAAGAUUCUUAGCUUGGUCAAUUUACACCAUAGUGCAAGGUUUAUUCGGUACUGGGAUUUGGGUCUUGGCUCAUGAAUGUGGUCAUCAAGCGUUUAGUGAUUAUGGUUGGGUUAAUGAUCUGACUGGUUGGGUUUUACAUUCUUCUUUAUUAGUUCCUUACUUUUCUUGGAAAUAUUCUCAUGGGAAACAUCACAAGGCUACUGGUCAUUUAACAAGAGAUACCGUUUUCGUUCCACCAACUAAAGAAGAGUACAAGGCUAAGAAUUUUGUUUCAAAAUUGGAAGAAUUGAGUGAAGAUUCUCCAAUUGUUACAUUGUAUCAAUUAAUUACUCAACAAUUGGGUGGGUGGUUAGCUUAUUUAACUACUAAUGUCACUGGUCAAAAAUAUCCAAAUCGUUCAAAAUGGAGUGUAAACCAUUUUGUUCCAAAUUCUCCAAUUUUCGAAACUAGAGAUUAUUGGUUUAUUGUUUUGAGUGACUUAGGUAUUUUAAUUCAAUCAAUUAUUUUAUACAAGGUUUAUUCAAAAUUUGGUGGGUUCCAUUUCUUGAUGAAUUAUUUCAUUCCUUAUUUAUUUGUUAAUCAUUGGUUAGUUUUCAUUACUUAUUUACAACAUACUUCACCAGAAAUGCCUCAUUAUGAUCAUGAAGAAUGGAAUUUCGCAAGAGGUGCCGCCGCUACAAUUGAUAGAGAAUUUGGUUUCAUUGGACCUUUUUGCUUUCAUGAUAUUAUUGAAACUCAUGUUUUACAUCAUUAUGUUUCAAGAAUUCCAUUUUAUAAUGCAAGAGAAGCAAGUGAAGCUAUUAAAAAAGUUAUGGGGAAACAUUAUAAACAUAGUGAUGAGAAUAUGUUUGUUAGUUUAUGGAAAUCUGCUAGAUCUUGUCAAUUUGUUGAUGGUGAGAAUGGGGUUAGAAUGUUUAGAAAUAAAAAUAAUAUUGGUAUUAAACCAAGAGAUUGA